GUUUGGACUGUCCCUCCUUGGCUGGGAAGGACUCUGAAGACUCGGCGGCCUAGAUUGGCUCCGGCUACCGAUACUGAGUUAACGGGGAUCCCAGGCUAGGGAGGCCCCAAAAUGGGCAGCUCCCUGCAGCUUGGGCCCAUGGUGCUCUUCCCAAGACCCUGAGCGGUCCAGCCCCUGAGCUCAUUCAGGUUAGGAGUGGAAACUGAACUGCGGGAGGCUGCGGAACCCACUUGGUAAGCAUGGCGCUGCUCAAAGUCAAGUUUGACCAGAAGAAGCGAGUCAAGUUGGCCCAGGGGCUCUGGCUUAUGAACUGGCUGUCCGUGUUGGCCGGUAUCGUCCUCUUCAGCCUGGGGCUGUUCCUGAAGAUUGAACUCCGCAAGAGGAGCGAAGUGAUGAAUAAUUCCGAGAGCCACUUUGUGCCCAACUCCCUGAUAGGGGUGGGGGUCCUAUCCUGUGUCUUUAACUCUCUAGCUGGGAAGAUCUGCUAUGACGCCCUGGACCCCGCCAAGUACGCCAAGUGGAAGCCCUGGCUGAAGCCGUACCUGGCUGUCUGUGUCUUCUUUAAUGUCAUCCUCUUCCUCGUGGCUCUCUGCUGCUUUCUGCUGCGGGGCUCGCUGGAGAGCACCCUGGCUUAUGGACUCAAGAAUGGGAUGAAGUAUUAUCGGGACACGGACACCCCAGGCCGGUGCUUCAUGAAAAAGACCAUCGACAUGCUCCAGAUUGAAUUCAAGUGUUGUGGGAACAACGGCUUCCGGGACUGGUUCGAGAUUCAGUGGAUCAGCAAUCGCUACCUGGACUUCUCUUCUAAGGAGGUCAAAGAUCGCAUCAAGAGCAAUGUGGAUGGGCGGUACCUGGUGGAUGGCGUCCCUUUCAGCUGCUGCAACCCCAGCUCACCAAGGCCCUGUAUCCAGUACCAGCUCACCAACAACUCUGCGCACUACAGCUAUGACCACCAGACCGAGGAGCUCAACCUCUGGCUUCGGGGCUGCAGGGCCGCCCUGCUGAAUUACUACAGCAGCCUCAUGAACUCCAUGGGCGUUGUCACACUUUUCGUCUGGCUCUUUGAGGUGAGCAUCACUGCCGGACUCCGCUACCUCCACACAGCGCUGGAGAGUGUGUCCAACCCGGAGGACCCCGAGUGUGAGAGCGAGGGCUGGCUGCUGGAGAAGAGCGUGCCAGAGACCUGGAAGGCCUUUCUGGAGAGCUUUAAGAAGCUGGGCAAGAGCAAUCAGGUGGAGGCUGAAGGUGCAGACGCAGGCCAGGCCCCAGAGGCUGGCUGACAGCCCGGGGCCUCUCCCCUCAACACCUAGUGGACUCCAGGGACUGUGGCUACCCCUUUGUCCACCUGAAAGUCUAAAUUUCCCAAGAAAGCUGGUCACCUACUGACACUCCUUGAUGUGGGCUUUGAAGUUCAGGGUCUUUAGGGCAUGCUACAAACAUUUGUGAAAUGGCUGCCUCAAUUGUGAGUGACUCCAGUGGGCUCCAGUGGAUGCCCACUCUCACAGAACUGGCCAGUCUAGGGCUCUGUCCAAGUGUGAGUCCAGCUCUCCCAUAGGUGACUGGCCACACCAAGGGCCUCCCUCCUCCUCAGUAGCAUCUGCCUCUUUUAAGCUCCAAGUUCUGCAUCCCAGUCAUCACUUGAUACAUAAAAACAAGGUGAAAAACCAAAACGCUAAGGGUCAUGCUGUCUUUUCCUUAAUGAUAGGGUUAACUGGCUGGUCCCCAUUUGCUUCACGUUACAAAUGGGGGAGAAGCAAUGAUUUAUUUUAAGAGUAGUGGAUUUCCCCAGAGGGUUACCUCCACAUAGAAACUCACAGAUGGUGCAGGAGGUGAAAACUUUCCUUUAGUAAAAUCCAGUGAGCGUCCCACACCUGCCCCAUUCCCAGACUCUGUCACAUACUCCAGCUGGCAUGUCCCAGCAUCCUCCACUCACAAAGUGCUGGGUGAGCCACUGCCCGUGGCUUGUCUGAGAAAGCCCCAGGUGAGUGUGCUGUCCUUGUGUGAGAGAGAAGUGACCAGUUAAGAGUCUGCCACUUGGGGACCAGGCCCUACCUCCUGGUGGGCUUGGGGACGUGGUCUCAGAUGGCCACAGCGGUCCCUGUGGACUGCACUGUGGAGGAGGGCAAGGACCUCUGAGAGCUUCUGUAUUCCCUGCUACAAAGCACUAUGGGAAUGCUUCUGGAUCAAGGGAGAUUCUGGGGGACAGGCUCUCCUUCUGAGCUAGCAUGUGUGGGAAGCUGUGGUUUCUUCUGGGAAUGACAGGCACGCUCUCAGGGGAAGCAAUGAUUUUGGUGGCACCAGACUGUGGUACCCAGAUCACCACAGGGUUCAGCUGCUGCUGGCCUGUGCUGUGUGGCUCUAACUCUCUCAGGGGGAAGACCAGAUUAGAGAUGCUGGUAUACCCAAUGAACUAUGGCCCCAGUGUUGUUUAGUAUUCUGAGUCUCUCGGAGCAAGGAAUGGUCCAGAUGCUGAGCCAGGUGUCUGUGGCAGGGACCCUCAGGGUUCUACUGUCACCUCUCAGGAGGGCCGAGACCAUGGUGAAGGGUACUCUAGACCCAUUUCUAACUAUGCUGUCAACAAUCAUAUUAAGAGAUAUUAAAAACUGUAUUGUAUGAAAAUCA